CUGAUUUAAGCGAUUUAAGGCUCUCUUUUGCCCAACGGAUUCUCUUCCAUUGAGUCCUUUAUAUACGACUGGAGGAAAGUGCAUGUGUCACACUUUCGUUGUGUUCAAGCCUGCCUGGAUCUCUCCUCCUCUUUCACCUUCUUUCAAUUUGCUGGUCGAAAUCUUGGAGUUGGCCGUAUGGAUAGGAAUCGGUUGCGCGGAAUGUAACCCCGAAUCCGUGAACGGGCUGACUGAAUCCACCUCUUCAACCGCAUUGCUCGGGAUACGGUGACCACCUUUGGGUUUUCGCGGGUCUCCUACACGGAUUCGUUUGACGUCUUCCCAAAGUGCCAGGUCUAGUCAUGUCCGCUAGUGACAUGGAAGUGAAACCUUUGCUUUCCUUUGAAGAGGUCAAGAGAUGGACAGCGCCCAACCUCCCACGAAGACCGAUUCCAUUGCUAACACCUUCCCUCACGUACGCUCGUGUUAAGGCUAGCAAUGAGGAAUGCCCCGAGUCUGGAAAGGAAUUCGGAACUCGCGUAUCCAUUGAGAAAGGAAAGACCCCACUCACCUUGUUAUGCCACGAUAUGAUGGGUGGAUACUUAGACGACCGAUACAUUGAUGGGAUAGAGGUGUCCACGCUUCCUUAUUAUUUUGUUCAUUGGUCAGGCAUUGAUGUGUUUGUCUAUUUUUCCCAUAACUUCGUGACCAUCCCUCCCAUUGGUUGGAUCGAGUCCGCUCAUAAAAAUGGAGUGAAAGUCUUAGGCACCAUUAUCACUGAAUGGGAAUCGGGAACGGAUCUUUGCGAGCAAUUUCUCUCGUCAGAUGAGUCUGUGGACCUUUUAGUGUCUAAGUGCGUGGCAAUUUGCCAUUGUUUUUCCUUUGAAGGAUGGCUUGUCAACAUUGAAAAUGACCUGACGCUUGAUCAGGUCAGUCGCAUGAUUCAGUUCCUGACGAGACUCACAUGUGAAAUGCGAAAACUCAAUCCCAACUCCAAUGUAAUAUGGUACGAUAGCGUUACUAAAGAUGGGAAAUUGGACUGGCAAAACGAACUCAACGAGAACAAUGCUCCAUUCUUUGAAACCUGUGAUGGGAUUUUUUUAAACUAUACCUGGUCGGAAGAUCACUUAAGAAGCUCGAAAAGUCAUUUGAAUCGGAAUGAGUCAAUCUCAGAGGAAUUGGAUUGGAGUCACCGUGCUCAUGACAUCUUUGUCGGCAUUGACGUCUUUGGUAGAGGUUGCUUUGGUGGAGGGGGCUUUAACACGAAACAAGCCUUAGAACAAGCCAGAUCCAAUCAGUUUUCUGUGGCUAUCUUCGCCCCUGGAUGGACCUACGAGACCAUUGACAAGACAUUGAUGUCGUGUCAAGGAGACAUGGAACAAUUGUUCAUUCACCGAGAGUUCCUGUUUUGGAAGCUACUUGAGUCAAGCUUGUUUUACAGAGGCUUAAAGUUAUCCAAUGAACCCGAUUCAGAACUUCUUCACCCGUCAUCAAACGCUCAUUCAUUGCUUUUCAAUACGUCGUUCAAAACCGGAUGUAAGAAGAUUCAAAAGACAACAGAGGAUGGAACCUUAAAAACCAAAUGGCAUUUUAACCUCUCCAAUCAGAGUAGCCAGUGUUCCUUCCUUUGCACCGAUUUGCCUCAACAAGGGCAUUGUGAACUAUCAAAAAUAUUCGAUGAAUUCCGACUACAGACUGCAAAUCCAGCCGAACUUUUCGUCAAUCCCUUGAUUGGUGAAAGUUUAAACAUUGUGCGAAAAUCAUCCCUCGACACCAUCGUUCAGAUGCCUUUAUUCGUGGUUGAUUUGAAAAUUGGGACAGGGGUUCAGUUAAAUUUCAUUUUCAACAUCAAAAGUGCUUCUUUGAUUACUGAAAACACACCCACGGGCGAUGAGUUACUUGCCCUUCGAUUAGUACUCGGUAUGGCAGGUUCAGAUCAACACGUUCGAUUGCCACCAACAUCUUUAAGUUCCUCCGAGUUUCCUUGCGAUCUCAUUUUUCAUGUUGCUUAUUGUGAUACUUUCCAUUUUGAGGAAAUUAAUUUGAUUGGUAUUGAAAUUGGGAAAGAAAUCGCAUUUAUAGAAGUGAGUAAUUUUGAAAUACAUUGCACUUCUACGUGUGGCUGAA